CCUGCCAUCUGUCGAUAUAAUUAUCAAUUAGAAUUGCCAACAUGUUUUUUAUUAUAGUUUUUGUUUUUAUAUCAUCAUCAUCAUUCGAUUAUCAUGCCAAAACAAAUCGUGUCGAUUCUAUUGAUUUCAAAAUUAUCAUGUCACAAAAACAUCGAUAUUGAUGAUGGAUUUUUAUCCGGAUUAAAAUUAUCAUACCGGUUCAAAGACAAUGAAAAUAUAAUCACCAAUAAUCGAUGGAUUCGAUGUCGAAUCGAUUGUGAUCACAUUGCUCAAUUAAUAUAUUUUCUUUAUUGUUUUGAUAAUUACUCAGUGUAUCGAAAUAAUGUACGAAAAAAUCUUGAAUCAAUCACAAAAUAUUCAUCAUUCGAUGAAAAUUAUUUUGAUUUAUUAAUCAAAUGUCGGGUAAAUGAUUUAAAUCUAAUAUCAUCUAUUAUCAUUGACAUCGAUUGGUGUCGACGAAUACAAUAUUUUGCUAUACUUCGAAUGGAAUUGGAAGAAUCAUUAUCAUGGUUAUCAACAUUAGGCGGUGCUUAUUCAUCACUUGGUGACCGAAAUCUGCGAUUUGCUCAUGAAGCCGAAACAAUUUCAUGGAAACAGAUGAAAUUAUCGUUAAUUUAUGGUGAUCCUAAUCUCAUAGCUCGUUGUUUAAUCUAUCUUAGUCAUAGUUGGUGUCAACAAGGACGGCGUCGUGAAGCAAUAAAAUUAAUUCGUCAUUAUCUUUAUCCAUUUCUAAUACGAUUAUCAUUAAUUCACAAUUGUGAUCGCAUUGUGCGGCGAAUGUAUCAGGCACUUUGUUUUCGUAUACGUUAUAUUUAUAAAUAAAAAAUGAAAUUAUUGUUGUAUUUUUAAA